CAACCAAACAGAACCCGAAAAACCUUUUGAACUGACAAGAAAGUGCUUUUUGACAGACAUGCCCUAAAUUACCUCUUAUUCAUUUCUCCCUUUUUAUCCCUCUUCCAUUAGACCACCCAGUUCAGAUGAACAGUUAACAAUUCUAAUCUCUACUUGUGAACGGUUAACGAGAAGGGUUUAUCGUUGAAGUGACUUGAAAACCCUAACCAACAAGGGAACGCCCAAUUGCGGAUUGAAUUGAAUCAGCUUACGAUUCUAGAGAGAGUGUGUGUGGAGAUAUAGAGAAAGAAUGUCGUUCAGAUCAAAGGAAAUGAUGAAGAAGAUCAUGAAGAAUAUCGGUGGUGAGAAGAAUUUGGCGCCUGGUGUGAAGGAAUCUCUGAGGAAAUGCAUACCCGACAGCAAGAUCGUCAUGGGCAGAGCCCAUCGAGGCCUCUACGCCGGCCGUCACAUCCAGUUCGGCAAUCGCAUCAGCGAAGAUGGUGGAAACAAGACAAGGAGGACCUGGAAGCCAAAUGUACAGGAUAAGCGACUCUUCAGUUACAUCCUAGAUCGCCACAUUCGCAUGAAAGUUACCACCCAUGCUCUCCGUUGCAUAGACAAGGCAGGCGGGAUUGACGAGUACCUACUGAAGACACCAUACCAUAAGAUGGACACAGAAAUGGGCCUCUUCUGGAAAGCCAAGAUUGAGAAGAUGUAUGAAGAGCUUCGGGACAUGGAGGUAGCUUUCUUUACGCCUGAGGAUGAAGCCAAGUUUGAACAAGAUUUCAAAGAACUGAAAAUAGCUCAGAGAGCAGCUCGUAGGGAAGCCAGAAGACAGAUGUACGGAUGGUCGGGCGAGCAGAAGCAGAUUGAAGAAGAAAGUGCUGAUGCUGAAGCAACUGGUGAGGAAGCUGCGAGUAUCGGGGAAGGAAGCUCACAUGAUGAUGGUCCUGAACCGUUGGUUGCCAAUUCAUAGAUUCGGGCUUCAACCCCAGUUUGUCGUGCUGUUGGUCUUUUUGUUAGAAUUAACUGACAAUUUCGGAAUUCUGUCUCUCUUUCAUGUUUAUGUAGUUCAUUAUCUAUAAGCUUGAGGCAUGAUAGCUGGAUUGCUUUUAUACCAUGCAUUUGUUCAAAUAUUCCAUCCAUUCAGGUUGGAAUUGUAGUUAAUCAAUGUAUUUCUGUAACUGGAUGUGCCCUAGAAUCUAUGAUCCUUUGUCUGGUAAAAAGGAAAUGAUUUUGAUAUUUGCCAAAUCAAAAGUAAUAAGAAUGUUUUGAUGCCCAUUGCAGUGAUUUCUUUC